AUGAAGAAUCUCGAUGAUCUUGCUCCUGUGACUGGUGAUGGGACAGUUGCUGCGACGCCCUUGAAACCUCGAGACGCACCGACUUACCUUUUUACGUUCGGGGAUUCCUACACCCAGACUGAGUUCACUGUCGAUGGCACACAGCCAUCUACCACAAACCCGAUGGGAAACCCCACACUAGGGGCUGGUACAACGAGCGGUGGUACUAAUUGGGUCGGAUACCUGACCACUCUAUACAAUGCCUCACCGGUACUUAGCUACAACUUUGCCGUUGGAGGAGCGACAAUCGACAAUUCUAUUGUCGAUACUAAGGUUAAGGAUGUGACAUCGCAAGUCCGGGACUUCGAGUUGGCAUAUAGCAAGAAGCCUAUAUCUGCGCCGUGGUCUUCAGAUAAUGCGGUGUUUGGGUUCUGGAUUGGAAUCAAUGAUAUCGGCUGGGGUCAUCAAAAUACCCAACCUAGUGUACUUGUGCCAAAAUUAAUGGCCCAGUACCGAUCUCUCGUUGAAAAAAUAUAUGCAUCUGGUGGGCGAAAGUUCCUUUUCCUCAAUGUCCCGCCUACGGAUCGGAGUCCUAUGAUCAUCAAAGAGGGACCGGAAGCUGUCAAGACAUACGCUACAUGGGUGAAGGCUUACAAUAAUGGCCUUGAAUCAAUGAUUAAUGACUUCAAGUCAACUUACACUGACACUACUAUCGUUCUUUACGAUACCUGGUCCUUCAUGCCGAAGAUCCUGGACGAUCCCCAGACAUAUGGAUUCCCGAAUGCCACUUGUUUCAAUGAAAAUGGAACUUCCUGUAUUUGGUGGAAUCAUUAUCAUCCCGGGCAGAACUACCAUAAACUACAGGCAGCGGAUAUGAUACAGUACUUGCAGCCUCUCGGUGCUUGGUAG